AUCGAGAUCCAACUUUCCUGUUCCUCUUGCGUUGUUCACGCCAUCCGUCGUCUAUCGACUCCCGGUCGACAUAGUCCUGCCAUCUGCUGAUGGUCCCCAUACGAGGGUCUCUCCAGCUCACCGGCACACCGGUCAGCUCCAAGUGGGAUGUCUGCCCAUGGAAUGUCCCACUCUUUGCUCUUCAGGUUUUAAUUAACCUUGGCUAUUACCCCAGCGCUCCGUUGGUCCGAAUCAUCUGGUUGGCUAUCGCGUCUGAUAAUGACUGUUUUUCUUAUUCGAUCGUAUUGAUUUUAUUUCAUUUUAUUUUAUUUUGUGGUUCUGGCCUGCCAGAAUCCUGUACAGUUCCCGGCCUUUCUCUGAUCCAGCUCGACAGAUCGGCUAAACGCCCGUAGUGCCACUACGACAUCAUAGUUCCUGGGAACCAACCUCUUACCCCCGGAGAUCCACUCUCUCCCUCGAGAUCCAGACCAUGACAGUCCGAUUCUCAUAAUCAAAUAGCCGACUUCCCUAUCGGGUGGUUCAGCGUCCAUUUUCUUGCUACCUCGGGUG